AUUUCUGUCAGUAAGCGCUCGUUUGCAUCAGCCACAUAGCUUGUCAGUACGGAAAGUUGUAACGUAUCCACAUUUACGUACCAGAUCCUGCUCUGUUUAACAUCUUGUUGACAUUUAGACAAUGGAAUUUCUGAAGUCAAAGAAGACGGAACUGGGGCAGUGGUUAUCAACAGACCCUGAGUAUAUCAUUAAAAAGUGUGAGGAUAUUUUAUCAGUUGAACAAGGAAAAGCUGUUUCCAGCCAAGCCACUGCUGUAGAGAAGAUCUGCCUUCUUUUGUAUGAAAUCAUGAAGGGUGGAGGGUGCAUGUGAGGAGUUCAAUGAGAUUCUGCAGAAAGAGAAGGCACAUUAUCCAGGCCUUCAACAGCAUUUCAGCAAGAACACACAAGGUGAAGUAGCAGUAUUACAUUAACGUUUGUAGUGAUUAAAGACAUUUAAGCACUUCACAGCGGUUAUUAGAAAACAUACAUUUUAAAUGUUUGUCAUGUAGCAGACACUUAUCCAGAGUGACUUAUGGGAGCAAUUAGUGUUCAGUGAAUUGCUCAAGGGCACAUCGGCACAUGUUUCACCUAGUAGGCUCAGUGUACAUGUUUUACUAUACAGAAUAUAAAAUGCAAUUGUCAGGUUUGUCAGGCCAGUGUUUUUAUUACAGACUGCAAGGUCAUGGCAUACAAAAGGUCAUCAUCUAACAAGGCAAUAACACAUUUGUUUUGAAGUGUCAUCCAGGCCAAAGGUUUACGCGGAUUGCAACAGCACUGUUGAUUCCCGAAUAGUUACCCGGAACCGAAUUAAAAAGGACUUGAUCAUACAUAAAACCAUCCAAGCAGGAGGGGUGAAUCCAUCUGGAGUGAACCAACCACCCCAAAUGCAAAUGUGGUUGCAAUCAACAACAGUCAUAUCUCUGCUGACAUGAUAACGGACUGUGACAUCGAUGGCAACCUCAAUUUGUCUUGGACACAGGCCCCACCUCCAGCCCCAGUCCAUCAAGCCUCACAGUGUCCAGCUCAACAGGAUAACCUCCCUCAGCAUUGGGAUACCAGGCCAGCCACCACUUCUGUCCGGCUCUACCCUAUCCAGUCAGGAAGCCCAGAGUAUGGUAAAGUCCUGAGCCUGUUCCGGGCUACUUGUCCAGACAAUACAAUUAUUAAGAUUGAAAGGGUCCAGAACACAAACCUGUGGAAUAGCUUCCAGAUCAAGAAACAAGAAAUGGAGGACAGAAAUGAUGGUAUGAUCAAUGAGAGACAUCUUUUCCAUGCAACCAGCUACACAACCAUAGAACACAUCAACAACAACGGGUUCAAUCGGAGCUACGCUGGACAAAAUGAUGCAGAGUAUGGAAAUGGCACCUACUUUGCAGUCAAUGCCAGCUACUCUGCUCAGGAUAAAUUCUCCAAGCCGGAUGGCGAAGGGAGGAAGUUGAUGUACUUGUGUCGUGUUCUGACUGGACACUUCACAAAGGGAGAACGAGGGAUGAUAGAACCUCCAUGUAGACGCGGUUCAGAGAUUCGGCGCUACGAUAGUACGACAAACGACACAAAUAAUCCAACAGAGUUCGUAGUCUUCCGUGACUGUCAGGCAUAUCCAGAGUACCUGAUCACUUUCUUAAGGGUCUAGAGCAACAUGGUAGCUUUUGGGAACUUCAAGUCAGUAAAUGUCAGUCACCAGACUCACCACCCAUUGCUACGUAGGAGAGAUAUUUGUUUUUUAAAUAGCAGUUGUGAUGGGGUUUCGUACUGCUCAACUAACAUAUCUUUGUUUACCAGUGUUUUUUAAAUAGCAGUUGUGAUGGGGUUUCGUACUGCUCAACUAAAAUAUCUUUGUUUACCAGUGUUUUUUAAAUAGCAGUUGUGAUGGGGUUUCGUACUGCUCAACUAACAUAUCUUUGUUUACCAGUGUUUUUUAAAUAGCAGUUGUGAUGGGGUUUCGUACUGCUCAACUAAAAUAUCUUUGUUUACCAGUGUUUUUUAAAUAGCAGUUGUGAUGGGGUUUCGUACUGCUCAACUAACAUAUCUUUGUUUACCAGUGUUUUUUAAAUAGCAGUUGUGAUGGGGUUUCGUACUGCUCAACUAACAUAUCUUUGUUUGCCAGUGUUUUUUCUAUGACACAUAUUUGUCAUUCCAUUAAAUAUCCUAGAUUUGAAGGGAAAAUAAAUGUGUAAAACCAUCA